AUGACACACAUCUAUCGUUCUGAACAUAGUGACAUGAAUGGCUCGUCUUGGCAUGUGACUGUUCAUUUUAGCGACUGGUGUACAUUACUGUUUUAUAAUCUGCGUUCCCUGUACGAAGCCAACAGUAGACUGCGCACAAGCGUGGGCGAACACGAACAAAAGGAGAAGGAUAGACAACAACUAGAGGCGCGUCUUCAGGCAAUGUCUGUUGAGCUGGCUCGUGCCCAACUACAGCGGAGCAAAACCAAGGCAACCCAAAGCAGAACCUCUGAGGAGAUAGACGCACUGCUCAAGCCCAUUCAAACCCAACUCGAAAACGAACGAGCACUGGUGAAAGAACUGCAGCAGGAGAUCGAAGACCUGAAGACUGAUUUAGACGAAGCCAAAGAAGAGUGCAUGGAUCUCAAGGACCAACUCAGAGCCUCCGAACAAGCGGUGGAGCGACUGCACACGCAGGAAGAGCUGCUGCGAGAUAUGCUCAGGCGAGCGGAGGAGGCGUCCAAUGCUGAACAGGAACCGCUGAGGAGGAACACACCGCAGAUGGCCGCAACAGAUCCGACAGUGUCUAACAAUCUGCGGACCCCGUCAACACAAUCUCAAACAAUAGACUUAGAACGACUGCUUAGCUACAACACAGCCAACACACCCCCCGGGUCACCCCAAACCGCCCAGCGCAAUCCGUCAUUUGGCAACCCGAACCAAUAUUCGCAGGCUAUGCAGAAAAAACGAGAAGAGUUAGAAGUCGCGCAGAAGACCAUCACGCAUCUCAGAGAGCUUGUGAGUGAUUUGGAAAGCUCCGGCAUGCGCAUGGAAGAGCAACAGCGAGUGCUAAAGGAAGAAAUCCGGAGACUCGAGAGGAACGCGGCGAGAAACGAGGCAUUCAACUUAGAAUAUCUCAAGAAGGUACUCUUAUCUUUCCUAGAAGCCCAGGAGGAAAAAACGAGGAAACCCUUCCUCAUGGUGUUUGCGCAGAUGUUGAAAUUCAGUCCUGAAGAGAUGGAGAAACUGAAUGAGUCAUACAAUGUGUUCGAAACUCGGAAUAGAUAUACGCAUGCCCCUUCGCUCCUGUCGUACUUCUCAUCGUCAACUACUUGAUAAUAAAAUAAGUACAACAUACUUGAUAAUAUGACAAGUAUAAUAUACUUGAUAAUAAAAUAAGUAUAAUAAACUUG